UGAUGAAAACAAAAUCCUGUGAGAUUACACACUGGUAUCCUGGAAGAUCAGUUCAUUGUUGUUUGAAUGCCACUAACAUCUACCUCUUAGGAUUAUUUUUUAAAUCCUGUAUAUCGCUCAUGCAUCAUAUUUUAACUAGAAUAUGGAAUUUAACCUCCAUGUUGUAGGACAUGAGAAUGUCACACUGGGAAAUAUUAACCAAAGUAAGAAUAUCAGGAUGCGACACAGAUUUGUGGCAGGUUAUUUUGGACUCUCAGUCAACCAAAAUGAAGUUUCAAACAGACACCGAUCCCAGCGAAGGCCACGAGACAGCUGUUUCUAUUAAUAACCUCAGACCUACCACGAGACACCCAUGCCAUGUUGUUGCCAAGCCCUGGUCCAGAUAAAUGCAAAACACACAGACAGACAGCGACAGAAGAUAUCAACAAAGCCGCAGCUACAGACGAAAACAACACGCGGAAGCGCUGAGCUGCGUCUGACCUCUGCUGCCCAUUCAACCUCGUACACCUGCUGGUGUGAAGAACCCAGGGAGAAAACAUGAAGUCCCUGCAAUUCCUCGCUGCUGAGGGCUUCUUCCAGACUGGUCCGAGCGCUCUGAAGAACCUCCACUGUGUCUCCUUUAACCUCUACCCGCUCCUCUUCAAAGCCUGCUACCUCCACGAGCAGGCUGACUUGCUGCAUGCGUUGGUCCAGUCGUGGCCUCUUCCUGUGCUUAACCUACAGAGACUUCUGGGAAAGACAGUCGACUGUGAGUUGGAUCUCACCUCCCGCACAUGCCGGAUUUGUCUGGAAGCAAUUCUGACCGGCUUGAAGGAUUAUGUGCUGUGUCCUCCGAGAAGUUAUGCCAAGACCUUGCAAAUGGUAGAUCUAACAGCCCUUAAGGACAUUGAGCACCAAGCCUGCCCGUGUCGCUCCACCCUGGGUCGAUGGUCAAGAACCCAGCUCCUGACCCGAAUGUGUUACGAGACCAUGGUGGCCAUGCAAGACGACAACGUGCCUCCGUCCGCCUUUAAAACAUCGAUCAACGUCCGUGUGAACGGCUUCAUCACCGGCCGCAACUACGAGCUGGUGGCUCAGGCCUUCCUGCUCCUUCGAGAAUGCCCUCUGAAGCUUCGUUUCGUUAAUUUCCGGGCUGAUUCUCUUGCUCUCAAGCAGCUGUUCUAUGUUCUCCGUCUAGCGGAGCCGGAGUCCAUCACUAAGCUGGAGGUGGUGCACAAUGUUCCCCUGGAGGCCCCCCACCUGGAAGUGCUGUUCUCCAGGGUAGCGUUCCCAAAGUUGCAGUCUCUGACGCUUCCAGCCGGGGCGUUGGAUGUCAGGAGGCUGGGCUCCGAUGACGAUGACUUGCUGGCCACCAUCGGCAAACUGCUCGCAAAACUGAGCGACCUCACUGAACUCAGCGUUGGCUUUUCUACUCUCACCGGACACCUACGAAAACUGCUAUAUCCUCUGCACACACCCCUGCAGUACUUGGAGUUAGCCAACUGCUGCCUGAACCGCGUGGACAUGACAUACCUGGCAAACAGCCUCCACAGUGAGGCCCUGGUUCACCUGGACAUCAGCGGACACGACAUAUUUACCUCUUUCCCCACCUGUGUCCAGAAACUGCUGAGCCGCUGUUCAGAAACUCUGGCGAGCCUGGCUCUUGAAGAGUGCAACAUAAAGGACGAGCACAUGGACACCUUCCUUCACGCUCUGGCUUGCUGCCAGAGACUGGAGGAGUUAAAAAUCAUGGGAAACCCUCUUGGCUCCGCUUCCCUGCGGAGGCUUUUCUCCACACUAUCUGCAGGGUUUCCUAGGUUAAGGUACAUAGAGCUGCCUGUGCCCUGUGAAUGCUACCCUGAUAAUGUCUCCUAUCCCCUAGAUGAUUCAGUCCUGCUGAGCUACAACAGGGAGUUGUUUCAGGAGACCAGAAGUCAGCUGAUGGGCAUCCUGGAAGGCGCUGGUAGAGGAAGUGUGGUAGUGUGCACCCCCCUCAUGGGGGCUUAUGAUCCAGAGAUUAAUGAAACCAGCAACGAGCUUGGGGUGUCCAUGCUGAAAUCUUUUAAUAGCGUUAUUGGAAGUUUUAUAGAGUCUGUAAAUGACGUGGGCAACAGGAGAUCACAGGCUGAGAAAGAUAAUUAAUCAGACUUCCAGUUGAAGAAUAAAUGGGCCGACAGAAAAUGUCUUGCACUCAAACUUUUUAUAGAAAUCUAGAUUAUUCCUGUGAAACACAUCUUCAUGCUGAGUUGAUUACAAGUAUUCUCUGUAGACAAUUUCUUGCUGUGUUCUUAGGUUACACCAGAUCAAAUGGCCUCUGUGUUCAUUUUAAUACAGCGUCAGUACUGAUUGAAAGUCAACACUGUGAAGAUAGAACUAGUAAUCUAGAUCGAUUUGGUUGUGGAUCAAUACACAAAGUCUACAUACCUCUUCAACAGGGAUCAUUUUUCCAGUACAUUAACCAAACAGAUGUGCAGUGCAGAUACAUAGCUACAUGGUGGUUAGUGACUAACAUAUUUUGCUCGCUGUAUGUAUUGUACAUGUUUUUGUGUUUAUAUUCUAGUUUAAAUGUUGUAUAUAACUACAUUUGUAAAGAGCACAACUUUGCAAUAUGUGACUGAUCCUACUGUGGCAAAAUGUAUUUAAUUUUGUUAAAACAAUAAAUCAAAUUUUCCAAACA